AGACUAGCUUGUAGUAUCUAAGUAAACAGGCAGCGAGAGGUAUUUGUUUUUCCAAUCAGUGUAGGUUUUGGAAUACCUAAAGUGUUAAGUUGUUUGUGAAUUUGAUCGUGAUGUAAACAAUGAAACAAAACCAGGGCUCGAGUUAGAAUCAAUUGAUACACAGUGCGCCCUUCUGCAAACAGAGCGAGUGUAAACUAUCAGUGCAAUAAUACCAAGUGCAAUAUGUUGACGCAGAAACUCUACCCCGACGUGAACUCCAUGUCGACGAGCACGAAUGCUAUGUCCCCCAUGACCCCGACAUACUCCAUGAAUUCGAUGGCGAUGGCCCAGAUGAACUGCUCGCCGCAGACUCCCAUGUUCGGCUCCAGCAUGCUGAACUCGGGCAUGUCGGGUCCGAUGCCCAUGAACAGGAUGGCCCCGAGGAUAGACCAGACUAUGAACGACACCUCGCAGCUGGGGUACACCACGAUCGGCUCUCCGAUAUCAAACAUGAACGCAGCUUGCAUGGGCGCCACCAUGUCGAACAUCAACAACUACACGAUAGGUAGGGGAGACCUGGGGGGCGGUGAUACCUCCCCAAACAGCGCCCUGCAAAGGGCCAGAGCCGAUAAAACCUACCGAAGGUCCUACACCCACGCUAAGCCGCCCUACUCGUACAUUUCCCUGAUAACGAUGGCCAUCCAAAACAGCCCGCAAAAAAUGCUAACGCUGAGCGAGAUCUACCAGUUCAUAAUGGAUCUGUUUCCGUUCUACAGGCAGAACCAGCAGCGAUGGCAGAAUUCCAUCAGACACUCGCUGUCUUUCAAUGACUGCUUCAUCAAAGUUCCUCGCACUCCGGACAAGCCGGGAAAAGGUUCCUUUUGGAGUCUGCACCCGGAGUCUGGAAACAUGUUUGAGAACGGCUGCUACCUUCGGCGCCAGAAGCGGUUCAAAGAUGAGAAGAAGGAGGUGAUUCGCUCUUCGCACAAGAGUCCUUCUCACAGCGUUGACAGCAGCAGCAGCUCGGGGAAAAAGACCCCUCUGCAGCACGGGGAUGACAAGGCUCACCACUUGGACAAGGUGAACGACAACCUGGGGAACAUGCUCAGCAUCCACCCCGGGAAGUUGGAUGUUGAUCAGAUGAACAUGUUGAACGCGAAUGAGUUGCAUAACAUGCAGCAGCACCAUCAUCAUCAGGGGAUGACGCACGAAGAGCUCUCGGCGAUGAUCAACAGGAACAACCAUCUGGCUUUGUCUAGCGAGCACCAGGCGAUGCUACACCAUGCUCCCAUGGGGCACCACCUGAAGCAGGAGCCGACGGGGUACACGCCCUCGAAUCAUCCCUUUUCCAUUACGAGGUUGCUGCCGACGGAAAGUAAGUCCGAUAUCAAAAUGUACGACAUGCAAUACGCAGGGUAUAAUACUCUCAGCCCUUUGCCGAAUUCUAUACAUUCUCACGCGUCUAUAGGGAAUGAUUAUUACAACAGUCCGUCGCUGUAUCACACGUCGGGGACGACGUCGUUGUGACAGUACCCUCUAGCUUAAGGCUUUUCUCGAAUAUUUUUUUUGUAUAUAAUUAUAUUUUAUUAGGCGGGCGAGAUGGAUUUUUGAAAUGGAGUGCUGGUCACCUUUUUUCAAGACAUAUUCAUUUUUUCAAAUUCUAUAAGCUAUUUUGAGUUAAUUUCGCGAAAUAUCGUCGAAAUUCGUCGAAAUUUGUUUUGAACAAUAAAUGGAGAAUCAAACAAAUUUUCAGUCUAAUGUCGACAUCAAAAAUACUACUACAAGCAACACUGACAUUGUUAUAAAAUUAUUAGCAGUCUAAAUCUUAACUAAUGCUGUAUAGAGAAAAUAUUUGUGUUUGUUUUUUUUGUUAUGAAUGCACCCAGAAACUAAUUGAGUUACUUGAAAAUACUUCGAAAUUGAAUCAGAUUUCAUAGGCAUUCAGUAAGAACUUCUGUGGGAAAAUUUCAUUAAAUUUAGAAUCGAUUUGUGGGUUAUCUUGGGAUGUUUUUAAAAAUUUUCUAAAAUUCUUCGGAAUUUGGAAGUUGUGAUUUCCAUCGAAUUUUAAUUUUGUCAUCUAUACGUACCUAAGAUAGGUAUAGGUUUCUGAAAGAAAAAAGAGCAAAUACUUGAUUUUCUUUGAAGUUUACCUAUUUCCAUCAGUUUAUUUUGUGGAACCCGGGAUUGGAGUGCUCACCUUAGAUUGUCUUACAACAACGAUUGAGUUCAGAAUAUUGUAAUAGAUUCAAAAUUUCCCAAGUUCACCCGUGAAAUAAUUCGGCGUUUACCAUUCCGGAAUGACAAAAAACAUUUCAAAGAAAUUACUGAGAAAUAUAUCUUCAUAAAAGUUUAAUUUACGGAAUACCUGAAGUAGAUAUUUCAAAAAUAGUGCGAAAUUUCAUCAAAGCUCAAAUUUCGAGAGCAGAAUAAUAAUUAUUUCUAGAAAAAAAUCUGAAUUCGCACUGAAAGGUUGUUAUUGAUUUUAGUUUUUCUGCAUUUCAUCACCUUGUUGAUGAAUUCACUGUGAAGCCAUCAUUUUCAUGGUGAAAAAACGGUAAUUUAUUCAGAUAAAGGAAUUUAUAUAACUAUGAUUAUAUAGAGAAAUGACACCUUUUCAAUUUCAGACAAUAAAAACAAAAUUAUAUAUGAUGAUGAAUUUUUUGCAUAGCUGUGAUUUGAACUCAACAUGAUGAAACAUUUUUCUUAAAUAAUUGAAUUUUGAGACUCUCUGCAAACUCAAAAUUUUGUGUGCGCCA